AUGGCUGCGGUCACCCCAACAGCUGCUGGGAAUGGUGCGAAGAGUCCCACCACCCCAGCAUCACCAGUGGAAUCAACCACUUCACAAGCCUCAGGUGCAAAGCGAAAGCGAACAGUAGAACCCAAAUUCUAUGCAGUGAAAUUUGGAUUCCAGCCCGGAAUCUAUCACACAUGGAAUGACUGUUUAACGCAGGUGACCGGCUUCAAAGGCGCUGUCUUCCAAUCCUUCCCUACACACGAAGAAGCAAAUGCUUUCCUUACAGGCACGCAGACCCCUACCACAUCUAAUAGUACUUCUACGGGCACAAAAUUCUAUGGUGUACAGCGGGGACGAAAACCGGGCGUAUACACAGACUGGGCAGUGACACAGGACCAAGUGCGGGGAUUCCGUGGACCAAAGUUCCGCAAAUUUGCUACUUGGGCAGAGGCAGAUGAGUAUGUUCGACAGGGCACACAAACCCAAGAUGAGAUGCAAGCUACGCAGGAUGACAACAAAGACUCAUCUUUCAAGGUGAAGCUACCUGGAACACCUGGGAUGACAUCAGAGAUACCAAGAGACGCAGAUGGGAAUGAGUAUCCGAUCGGAACAGGCCCGUUGCCUCCCGGGGCGGUUGAUGGAUUCGAUCCCAACGUUGUUCUCGAUCCCGAGACAGGGAGAUUGAAAUACAGAUUGGCGCAUGAAAAAGUGCAGACGAAGCAGGUACCGGGGCGACCGGGACCCUUGAGAAUCUAUACGGAUGGUAGUUCCUUGAGGAAUGGUAGGAUGGGUGCCAAGGCGGGAGUUGGAGUUUAUUUUGGUCCGGGAGAUAAGAGGAAUGUCUCAGAGCCACUGAAAGGUAGCCGACAAACAAACCAACGCGCAGAGUUAACGGCAAUCAUACGCGCCCUGGACAUUGCGCCACGACAUAGGGACGUGACCAUAUUCACUGACAGCAAAUAUGCCAUCAACUGUGUGACAGUCUGGUUCGUCAACUGGCAACGCAACAAAUGGAUGACGUCGGAGGAUAAGCCGGUUGAGAACAAAGACCUGAUCCAGUCCAUUCUGGAGAAGAUCCAGGAGCGAGCUGUAUUGAAUGUCAAGACGUUGUUUGAAUGGGUACGUGGACAUAAUCGGGAUCCCGGUAAUGAGGCAGCCGACCGGCUAGCGGUUAAUGGGGCGCGGAGUGCCGCGAUCGAGACCGCAAAUAUUGGAGAUAAUGAUGAGAAUUUGUCCGAUGAUGAGGGCGGGGGUCAAGUUGGGGUUGGAAUCGACGGUGAUUGA